AUGGGAACCCAAACUGAUAUAAAAAGAGGGGAAAUAGAAAAAAUGGAGCAAUCUAUUUUUAAAUACCAAGAACAAAUUACCCAGGAGCAAAAUAAAGUCCAACAAAAAGAAACUGAAUUAGCCAGUUUGGAGAAAGAAAUAAAAGAACUGACUGACAAACAAAAAAAGGAUGAGAGAACUAUCCAAGAAUUACAGUCCAAACUCCCUAAUGAGGUUGAAAAGAAAUUAGCCUCUUAUUUCAAUUUGUCUGUUCCUGAAUUGUUAAAAAAAGAUGAUGAAUUGCUAAUGGCACUAAUAACACAAUUAAAAAGAGACCAAAUAACUCAACAAGAAUUACAGGAGGAAUUAACUAAACUCCAAACUACUAAAACCGAGGAGGAAAAUAAGGCUGCUAAAUUAGAAAAAGAAAUAAUAGUUGAGAAAUUAUUACCGGAGGCUUUUGCUAAUUGGUUAGAGUAUAUGAGAAAAGAGGAAAAGAGAGUAGGAAUAUUAUUUCCGGCAAUGGUGAAGUUUGCUUUUUCUCCUCAUAUGAGCGAAUAUGUUGAUUAUGG